AAUGGAUUUGGCGCGUCGGGUCUCCACUCUUCACUCUUCUGAAGAAUUCAGCCAGAAUGAGAGAUUCACCUGAUAUUUUAGUGCACGAGGUGAAAGACGCUAAAAAUAAGGCCGUCAAGUUUUCUGCAAUACUUAAUGUCGGAGAAAAUAAGGAGUUUGAUUUUGUACGUACCUUAUAUGAAGGGGCUAUAGCCGGAGGUGCUGCUGGCCUCGUUGUAGAAGCUGCUCUAUAUCCAAUUGAUACAGUAAAAACUCGUCUACAGGCUGUUCAUGGAGGAGGAAAAGUUGUACUAAAGGGUCUUUAUUCUGGAUUGGCUGCAAAUCUUGUUGGGAUGUUACCUGCCACUGCCAUUUUCGUUGGUGUAUAUGAACCGACCAAGCAGAAAUUGCUCAAUUCUCUCCCUGAAAACCUCAAUGCUUUAGCUCAUCUGACUGCAGGUGUCAUAGGAGGAGUGGCUUCAUCGAUCAUCCGUGUACCAACAGAGGUUGUUAAGCAAAGGAUGCAGACCAGCCACUUUGCAUCUACAUCGAAUGCUGUCCACGUUAUUGUUUCAAGGGAAGGUUUUAAAGGCCUUUAUGCGGGGUAUGGAUCUUUCUUACUACGAGAUUUGCCAUUUGAUGCCAUUCAGUUCUGCAUUUACGAACAACUUAGGAUAGGGUACAAGCUAGCGGCGCAAAGAGAUCCAAAUGACCCUGAGAAUGCUAUAAUUGGUGCCUUUUCUGGUGCUAUUACUGGGGCUAUAACCACUCCUCUUGAUGUGAUCAAAACUAGAUUUAUGGUUCAGGGAUCAAGUAGUCAAUAUCAAGGUAUUCGUGAUUGUUGUAGGACCAUAAUGAAGGAAGAAGGAGCACGUGCCUUUUUAAAGGGCAUAGGGCCAAGGGUAUUGUGGAUAGGGUUAGGAGGCGCUAUAUUUUUCGGCGUUCUUGAACAAACAAAGCAGAUGCUUGCUAAUAAGAGAUGCCCAAUGCCUGAGAAACCCAUCCAGCCGCGAUGAUGCAGAAGAAGCGAAGCGCGGCCAGGUUUGGAACUGGGGCGUUCAACGACUUGUCUUCUUACAUUGAUUCUAGAGGUAUCAAGAAAUUCUCCAAAACAAAGGUCGAAGUCUCGUUUGCCCCCACAAUUUUUCAAAUUAAAUUCUCCAAAACUUUUAAAAUGAACAUAAGAUCCCUUAACUUUAUUUACUCUUAAAUAAUAGAUAAUGAAACUUUGAUGAUGUAGACAUC